GCCAAGCUGGUUUGCAGUUGCACGGACGCCGUCGAUCGCCACAAUGGGUGCAGUGCAUGGCGUGUCUUUCAAAUAUGUCGGACUUGCUGGAGUAGCAGCGGCUGCAGCCCGAUGGAUGACCCCAAGUGACAUGGAUCGACUACUUUUUGCAGACGAUGCCGAUCUGAGUGGCUUGUACAACAUUCAGCUGCUUUUUGUGUUGUACCUCUACAAUGUGAGCUUCAUCAACUUGGUCAUUGCCAUUCUCUUCAAUUUGCAGCUAGGCAUGGGCAUUCUUGGGAAAGAUCCUGUGUCUGGCUCUAUCCCCAUAUGGUCCUACGUCUUGUUCUUCGGCUUCCAUGGCCCUACAUAUUUCUACACCAAGAUUCAACGAGAGCGUGACCGCAGAAGUGGUGUGGCGCCUGCAGACGAGGUAGAGCCUGGCUGGUGGGUUGGCGGCCGCUACAGCCACGAGUUGGGUAAGCGAUGGGCUGGCACCAUUGACUUGACCUGUGAAUUUCCAGAGACAAGCACUCAGGAAAAGUAUUUGCUUGUCGAGUGCUGGGAUGGCGUGCCCCCAUCACCAGAGCAGCUGGAAGAGGCUGCGCAAUUUAGCAUCGCUGCGCAUGAGAGGGGUGAUGUCUUGGUGCAUUGCGCGCAUGGACGCGGGCGGUCAACCACAACGCUGUGCGCAUGCUUGGUGCGAGCAGGUCGAUAUCCCACUUGGGAGGAUGCUUUUGCAGCAAUCAAGCAGAAGCGGCGUGUGGUCAAGUUGAACAGAAGCAUGCGGCGUGCUCUGACCGAAUGGCAAGCAAAGUACAGCACAAAGGUCAAGUGAGCAUUGCAUUGUUCUCCAGCCGAUGACACAUUGAUUGUCAUCAAGCUGACUGUCAUGUAAGGGACAGGCAAUGUGCCAAAGCGCCUCUGGGCUUUUCCCACCCUGAAAUGCACAAAGCCAAGUCCCAAGUCAUUCUGCACUGACAGCUUUUGAGGUUGGCGGGCAUUGAAUGCAAAGCCAACCGAUUUGCAAAGUCACUUGCAGCCAGCAAGUGCGCUGUGCAGACGUAGCACUUUGUUCAAUUGGUUGCAAAAGC